ACUGUACUUUUCGUGAAUUUCCUCCUCCGGCGCAAGCCCGACCCUGUGAAUAAGCAGCCACAUACCCCGCUUUAGAAUAGUUCAAAAUCAUAACUAACUCUCCAGACUCCACUUUCUACUAUUCGAUUAAGCAAAAAACCUUCACAUUUUCCCCACAUUUCUCCUUCUCACACACAUUUCCACUGAGAUUAAUUAGUUAAGCAGACAAGAGUAAAAUUAUGGCAGCAACAGCAAAAGCAGGAGCAGUAGGGCCUGGACGAUCAACUUCAGCGUACAGCGAAGUCCAACACAACCGUCUCAUUGUAUCGCUUCCUCUACCUUCUGUCCUCAAAUCUCCCUUCUCCGUUGUUGAUGGCCCUCCUAGUUCUGCCGCUGGAAAUCCAGGUGAAAUUGCAAAGCUUUUCCCAAAUCUGUUUGGGCAGCCUUCCGUGUCAUUACGGCCAGGUACAUCUGGGGCUGCAUUGAAUCAUAAUCUUAAAAUUGGGGUUGUGUUGUCUGGAGGACAGGCCCCUGGUGGGCACAAUGUCAUAUCUGGAAUUUUUGACUAUUUGCAGGAGAAAACGAAAGGCAGCACUCUCUAUGGAUUCAGGGGAGGUCCAGCAGGGAUAAUGAACUGUAAAUAUGUAGAGUUGACGGCGGAUUUUGUUUAUCCUUACAGAAAUCAAGGUGGCUUUGAUAUUAUCUGUAGUGGUAGAGACAAGAUAGAAACCGAUGAACAGUUUAAUCAAGCUGCAGAAACAGCUAAGAAACUUGACUUAGAUGGGAUUGUUGUGAUUGGUGGAGAUGAUUCAAACACAAAUGCUUGUCUUCUAGCCGAGAACUUCAGGGGUAAAGGUUUGAAAACACGGGUUAUUGGAUGCCCAAAGACAAUUGAUGGUGAUUUGAAAUGCAAAGAAGUUCCUACUAGUUUCGGAUUUGAUACUGCUUGCAAGAUAUACGCAGAAAUGAUUGGAAAUGUCAUGAUAGAUGCUCGUUCAACAGGAAAAUACUAUCACUUUGUAAGGCUUAUGGGUCGUGCUGCAUCACACAUCACAUUGGAGUGUGCUCUACAGACCCAUCCGAACAUUACCAUCAUUGGCGAAGAGGUUGCAGCCCAGAAGCAAACACUUAAAAGUGUUACAGAUUACAUUGUAGGAGUAAUUUGCAAACGAGCAACACUUGGUUAUAAUUAUGGGGUUAUACUAAUACCCGAAGGCUUGAUUGACUUCAUUCCAGAGGUGCAACAGUUGAUUGCAGAGCUCAAUGAAAUCCUGGCUCAUGAUGUUAUCGAUGAAGCUGGCAGUUGGAAAAAGAAACUUCGAAGCCAGUCUCAUGAGCUUUUUGAACUCUUACCACAAGCAAUUCAGGAGCAGUUACUUCUUGAAAGAGAUCCACAUGGAAAUGUCCAGGUUGCCAAAAUAGAAACUGAAAAAAUGCUUAUUCAAAUGGUGGAAGCUGAACUUGUAAAUAAGAGGAAGGAAGGUUCAUAUACCAAACAUUUUGGAGGGCAGUCUCAUUUUUUCGGCUACGAGGGUAGAUGUGGUUUGCCUUCAAAUUUUGACUCCAACUAUUGCUAUGCAUUGGGUUAUGGGGCUGGAGCACUUCUUCAGUCUGGAAAAACAGGCUUGAUUUCCUCUGUGGGAAAUUUGGGAGCUCCAGUUGAAGAGUGGACAGUUGGUGGAACAGCGCUAACAUCUUUGAUGGAUGUUGAAAGGAGACAUGGUAAGUUCAAGCCCGUGAUUAAGAAGGCAAUGGUGGAACUAGAAGGUGCUCCGUUCAAAAAAUUUGCUUCCUUGAGAAAAGAGUGGGCUCUAAAGAAUCAAUACUUCAGCCCUGGUCCACUUCAAUUCGUCGGCCCAACAUCAAAUGACAUCAAUCACACUUUAAUGCUAGAGUUGGGAGCCAAAGCUUAAAUUGAUUCCCGAAUCUGAACUCGAGCUUCUGUUCCUGAGAACUAAAGCUUACUGUCACAACAUGCUGGUUGUUUCUUGGGGAAUUCGUCUCUUAUUUUUGCACGGGCAAAAAAAGUUAUUCACAUCGUUCAGCAUUAUCUUUUGAGAAAAUUGUUUUAGUCCUGCUGUUGAUUUUUGGUCUCUAUAUACUAGCAGCUAACACAUUUCUGAAGCUAAGGUUAAACAGAGAUACUUUCUACUACCAAAAUGUACACAUGUCAUGCCUUUUGUUAACUACUAGUUUAUUGCUAGUUUUCUUGUCAUUUCAAAAAGAAUAACACUAUCACUACCACACGAGUUAGAUAGUCUUCUACUAUUGUUAUUUAUCAAACAUUUGAUAAACAUCUCAACAAAAAAGUGCGACUUGUAUCGCUUUUUCUGUAAUGUUUAUUUAUAUUAUUUUUUAUGUCAUUAAA